AGCCAUCAGUAGUAGUUUUAGGUUGCUCUACGCUAACGUAGAGCUUUUUUCACGUUCGUUGCGUGUUUUGUCCGUCGAUCGAGUGGGUCCUUACGUUUUCGGGAACUUUGUGUUCUAGUUCUGGCCGUGCGUGUAAAGUGCGUUUCGUUCGAAUUUCAGCUGAAAAUUUGGUGAAUUUAUCGUCGUCAACAUGAAGCUUUUCGCUGCAAUCUUGAUUGUAGCCUUAGCAGCACCUAGUUUAGCGAACCCAGCCCCUGAUUGUCCACCCGGUGGACAUGGCUACGCCUACCCAGCACCAGAAGUACAACUAUCCGUGGGUAAAGCCAUCAAUUCCGUGAGCGUCACGCCUGGAUUCUCAUCCUACUCGGUAGGUGGCGCCGUCAAGUACGCCUCUGUUGGACCGUCGUACAACUCGUACGAGGCUUCCCCAGCAUACUCUGCCCAUGGACUUGGAUCCGACCUGAAGAUCUCAAGCUACGUUCCGGCCGUCAAGACCGUUGCUGCCAGCCCUGGCGUAGUCUACGCUGAUAAAACGUCGUUCGCUUCAUAUGCGGCUCCUGCUUAUGUUGCUCCAGCUGUAGCUACCAAAGUGGUUUCUGCUGCACCAGCUUAUGUUUCGAGCGAAUAUCAGCCCGCGGCUAAAACGUUCGUAUCGUCUGGACCAGCAUACUCAUCGUAUUCUGCUUCACCAGCUGUUUCAUCCUAUUCUGCUACUCCCGCUGUAUCAUCCUACGUUUCUACGCCAGGUGUAAGCAAAUUCGUAAGCUCUCCAGGCUAUAGUUAUUCUGCUGCUGCUCCAGUCGCCAAAGUCGCCACCUAUGCUUCCCCAGCAGUAAGCUACGCUGCUCCUGUUGCUAAAUACGCUACCUACGCCGCUCCUGUUGCCAAGGUUGCCACUGUCGCUGCUCCAGCCGUUAGCUACGCUGCUUAUGCUCCAGCCACCAAAGUUUCCUAUGCUGCUCCAGCAUCCUACGCCUCAUCUUACGCAACUACUUCUAAGGUUGCAUAUGCCGCUCCAGCUAGUUAUGCCUCCUAUGCCGCUCCAGCUAGUUAUGCCUCCUACGCCGCUCCAGCUAGUUAUGCCUCCUAUGCCGCUCCAGCUAGCUAUGCCUCAUAUGCCGGUCCAGCUGCCAAGGUAGCCUAUUCCGCCCCAGCUAGCUAUGCCUCCUAUGCCGCUCCAGCUACCAAGCUAGCUUAUGCCGCCCCAGCUAGUUACGCCAGCUAUGCUCCAGCUGCGAAGGUAUCCUAUGCCGCCCCAGCUAGUUAUGCCAGCUAUGCUCCAGCUGCCAAGGUAGCCUAUGCCGCCCCAGCCAGUUAUGCCGCCUAUGCUCCAGCUACAAAGGUAGCCUAUGCUGCUCCAGCUGUCAGUUAUGCUUCUGCUACUCCUGCAGUUACCAAAUACGUCUCCACACCAGCUGUUUCCUCGUACUACUCUACCCCCGCUGUUACUAAGUAUGCCGCGGCUCCAGCUGUCUCUACAUCCUAUGUUUCUGCUCCAGCCGUUGCAAAGGUUGCCACUUAUGCUGCCCCUGCUGUGACUAAUUAUGCGCCGUACUCUACGCAUUCAUAUGCCCCAGCCGUUUCAUCUGCAUACGUUUCGGCUCCACUUGUUUCGAAAGUUAGCUACGCUGCUCCUGCUGUUGCUAAAUAUGUCUCCUCCCCAGCCAUCUCAGCUUACUCUGCCACUCCUGCUGUUUCAUCUUACUACUCUACCCCAGCCGUCUCCAAAGUAGUAUCCAGCCCUGCGUAUGCCUCGUACGUUUCGGCACCAGCUGUUGCCAAGUUUGCCACUGGUCCAGCUUAUUCGACUUCGUACGUUUCGGCACCAGCUGUUGCCAAGGUUGCCUCUGGUCCAGCUUACUCCGCUGCCUAUUAUGGUCCUGCUGUAACGAAGUAUGCUGCUGCUCCAGCCGUUUCCAGCGCUUAUGUGUCAGCUCCAGCCGUUUCCAGCGCGUAUGUGUCGGCUCCAGCCGUUACCAAGUAUGCCACCGUACCGGCAGUAUCGUCCGCAUAUGUUGCACCAACCAUUACAAAAUACGCUUCUGCUCCAGCCGUUUCCAGUGCUUAUGUCUCAGCUCCAGCUGUUGCCAAAUAUUCAACCGGUCCAGCUUAUGCUUCAUAUAGCGCUGGUCCAGCUUAUUCUGCGUACAGUGCCGGUCCAGCUGUGUCCAAAUUAGCUGUUGGUCCAGCAGUUUCCGCAUACAGUUCUGGUGCAGCUUUCUCUAAGUUGGUGUCCGGACCUGCCUAUUCUAGCUAUGUUAGCACUCCAGCAGUCUCUAAGGUUAUCGCCACUCCCGCUGUGGCUGCAUACAGCGCUUCUCCAGCUUACUCAGCCUACUCGGUAGGCCCAGCCGUUACGAAAUUCGCUGCCGGUCCUGCAUAUGCUGACUACUCAACUACUGGUGCCUCUCACGGAUACUAUGCUGGACCAGCUGUAUCAUCUGCCCAUUACGGAGGAAUCCGAUACGCCGCUGCCGCUGCCCCUGCCUACACAGCUACCUACGCUGCUCCUGCCGCUACAAUUGUCAAAUCCGUCGUACCAGCGACUAUUUUGAAAACCGUUGCUGAGAAGCAUGACGAAUACUACGAUGACCAUCCACGAUAUGCCUUCGAGUACGGAGUAAACGAUCCACUGACCGGUGAUAACAAGCACCAGCGAGAGGAACGCGACGGAGAUGUCGUUCGCGGACAGUAUUCUCUAGUCGAACCCGACGGCAACGUGCGUACCGUUGACUACUACGCGGACUGGGCCACCGGAUUCCACGCCACUGUGACCAACAGCCGAGACCAGGUCCACGCGACCAAAGUGCUAGGAAAACGUGCCGUAGUGAAAGCGUAAGCGCGGUCCACUCUUGCCACCUAUUGAACCACGACAUAAAUGUGUAUAAAUGUUUUGUUAGUUAGGAAGUAAGUAACGAAAAAGUGCCCAAGCAAAUUAUUUAUUGAUCGAAGUAAUAUGCCAGCUAUUAGCCAGAAAGAGUGACGAAGAACAUUUUUUAAUUGAUCGUUUGUUUUCAUAUCAUUCUUCAAGCUACAUUCUCCGUUUAGUCCAAAUUUAUUCUUUAAUUUCCGUGUAAAUACUAAUUCCUAUCGAAAGACCUACGUCCAUCACCCCCAUUCCUUACUCAGUGAUGAAUUGCCCUCUUCUCUCCUUUCCUUGAACCAUUUGUCUUUGAUUCGUAACACCACGCCUAAAAAAAAUCGACUUCUACGCCAGAAUGCCAGCAAGAGUAACGAACAGCAAGUAUUUGUUUCAUUCAAAUGGAAAACGCAUGAUUUCAAUGUGAUAAAUGUGUCAUAAAAUAUUAUUUGUAUUUUGUCUAAAGAAAAGAAAACUGAAAUAAAAAAAAAAACAUCAAA